GACAUCGACCACUACCGCCAUGUCUGAGGAACCGCUGUUUGAUCCUUCACUCAAAAAGCGCAAGAAAAAGACCGUCGCCUUUAACGAAGAUCCACUCGCGGCCGAGGCCGAUCCCACUACUCCAGCGCCUUCGAUUAUCGAUACUCGCACCUUAAAUGGGGAAACAGUUGAUAUGGGCCCGACAACGGCUCACGAGCAGAUGAAGCAGGCUGCAGGAGGAGAGGUCUCUGAGACGCCUAAGGAGGAUGACGAGUUCAAGGCCAUGUUCGGUGACCUGAAGAAGAAAAAGAAGAAGAAGGACAUUCCGCUCGACUUGGAUGGCGAAGGCUCGGGUAUAUCUACUCCUGCAAAGGAUGCGGCAGCAACAGAGGACCUUGACUUCUCCGAUCUCAAGAAGAAGAAGAAAUCCUCCAAGAAGAAAGCUGCCUUCGACAUGGAGGCUUUCGAGAAAGAGCUGGAGGAAACUAAGGCCAAGGAGGAGGAGGAGGACGGCGUCGAUAAUGACGGCACUCACUUGGACGACGUUGACGAAGGCGAGCUCGGUGACGAUCCAUUUGCCCGCGGAGAUGCGCCGGCUGGUGUGGACGGCAGUGACGAGCCCUGGCUGAAGAGUGACCGGGAUUACACAUAUCCAGAGCUUCUUCACCGAUUUUACGCUUGCUUGCAUGCCGCAAACCCUGCUUUGCUCACAUCGUCAGGGAAACGGUAUACCAUCGCCCCUCCUUCGCUUGCUCGUGAAGGCAAUAAGAAGACGAUUUUCACGAACAUUAGUGAGAUUUGCAAACGUAUGCAUCGACAGCCCGAGCACGUCAUCCAAUUCAUGUUCGCUGAGAUGGGCACAACGGGCUCCGUCGACGGUUCGUCCCGCUUGGUCAUCAAGGGCCGAUUUCAACAAAAGCAAAUCGAGCACGUCCUCCGGCGCUACAUUGUGGAAUACGUUACUUGCAAGACAUGCAAAUCUCCCGACACGUUGCUCACGAAGGAGAAUCGUAUCUUCUUCAUGUCUUGCGAAUCGUGCGGUUCGAGACGUUCCGUCAACGCGAUCAAGAGCGGUUUCCAGGCACAGGUGGGCAAGCGGAAGAAGACGGGCUAAACUACGCGUUGGAAGAGAUGAGCAGAACUUGUCGAUACAUAUCACCGUAUGGUUACGCGCCGCAUGCACGGAAGGUUUUUCCCGGUUGUGAAUCUGUAUUGAUGCUGGCGGUCCAUAUUCGAACUCGCAGCUCGGUAAGUCGUUCUCAACACGAAUCCCAGCCAGAGCAUGCCAGACAAAUUCUGGCUAUGGAUCUGGUUCGAGUAGGCAUGUCCCAGAUGAUACGUGUUUUGCCGGUGCACUGGCAUACCUCGGAAAUAUACCUGAUGUAUAAUGGGAUCGGCGCCAGACUAUA